CUCGACGUUAUACUAAGAAAGUUGAUUGUCUUUAAAGAUGUCAUUUCAAAACAAGAACUUGUUCCACUUGUUGGGCAACGACGUGGAAGAUGAAGAACCAUCUUUAGCACCAAGAGAAUUAGUUAAGAACAACACUUCCAGCAAGAAGAAGGAUGAAGCCCCAAAAGCCGACCCAUCUAAGGCCAAGAAGAAGAAGCCAGUGACCGGUAACGAAGGAGCUAUCAAGGAACAGUUGAACAACAAAGAAGUCCCAGGUCCAAGCUCUACUCCAACUUCCCACUACAAGAAAUCUUUUGACCGUCAUGCCACUAGAACUCAUAAGGGAGGCCAAAGAAAGCCAAGAACCGAUCCAAAGGACGGUGAAGCCACCUUAGAAGAUGAACUUGACGGUGAACAAGACGCUGAAGAAGAAGAAGCAGCAGCUGAAGUAGUUGAUCAAACCCCAAAGAAAUCUUUGGAAGACUACAUGGCGGAAUUGAAAUUGGCCCAAGCCACUUUGGACGGCCAAAAGGCUGCUAGAACCGCCAACGAAGGUGCCGAAGGUAAAUGGACUGCUGAAGAAUUGCUUGUUAAACAACAAGAAGAGUAUGUUCCAGCUUCGGUUGAGAAGAAGAUCAAGCAAAAGGCUGCUAAGGGAAAGAAGUUUUUGGAAUUUGACGCCACUUUCGAUGCCCCCAGCGCCCCAAGACCUGCUUCUUCUACCAGAGGAUCCCCAAGAGGUGGUAGAGGUGCUGCCAGAGGUGCCACUAGAGGUGCCAGAGGUGCUUCUAGAGGUGCCAGAGGUGAUUCCAAGCCCGCCACUUCCAGAAGAACCGACAGCAAGGUUGCCUUGGAUGAUGACAAGAAGUUCCCAUCUUUAUAAACCGUUUGUGGUACCACACAUGAUGCUCUCUUCAGCUUAACUUAGUUUAUAUUUAGUUCAUAAUAAAAAUGAAUAUAAAUUCGUUUUUGGACACGAUGUACACGUUACGGCCUUCGAACUCGAGGUUGGUGUAGUUGACUUUUGUGUUGAUUAUGGGUUUAAUGUGUAGCAGUAGUUUGACCAAGUAAGAGCCAGGCACUUCAUGGGCCCCGAUGAGUUUGAGGCCGUUUUGGCUCGAAAAAACCGCAUACCCCGACACCUGGAGGCCAUGAAGUUCAAGAAGGUCCGUGCAGAGCUGUACGGUUGGCCCUGAUAGCGUGGGAAUGGUCUCCAUGGCGCUUUGGAGUGGGCCUAAUAGUGCGCGGAAUCAACAGUGUGAAGGGGGGUCGUGUGGAGACGGGAAUUCUAGCGGAGUCGAUUUACUCAAAUAAGCCAUUAACCAAUUGGGCUACCGCGACGACGGCGGGAUGUGAGCUCUCUGGGUAUGUCAACGCAAUGGGCAUGCACAGCCGAUAAAGGGCUGUUCGGUUUCACCGGUUUUCAACUGUACUCUACCUUGAUAGCGCACGACCCAGCGAUUCCAGCACGACUUCCCAUCCCCAGCACGACCCACCUCGGUCCCUCAAGUAACCUACGCACUACACCACCACUUGCAAUCUCCACAAUUGUGCCACCAAGUACCCACUCAGGUCACAAAAACACAAUUCAGCCCUUGUACGUAUCUUCUGCCACAAAUACCUUACCGUUGCAAUCGUCUCCCCGUUUGGUGGGAAUAGCCCCAAAAAGACGAGGAGUUUGGAACUAUUAGCGACCGCCCGAGCCCGCACCACCUCCAAAAGCUUUUACUAUUCGGCCCCAAGUGACAUUGAACGGUUGUAAACAUAAACAAUAAAUUAUACUAACAACCAGGUCAUUCAACCCCUGAGCUCUUUUUUCUGUUCGCUUUUGCGGAAGGUAGUGGCGGGUUAUUGGUUAGCACCCAUUAGUGUCCGGUUUUGUACUGUG